AUGGCCGCCAAAAAACAGCCGCAACAGACAGCGUCAGCCGGUCAGCCGCCAAAAAAUCCCCAAACGAAUUGGCUUCCGGCGAUCAGCCGCCAAAAUACGGCCACAACAGACAGCUUCCAGCAGUCAGCCGACAAAGACUGCCCCCAACAGACAGCUUCCAUCAAUCAGCCGCCAAAAAGAAAUCCCCAACAGAUAGCUUCAGCAGUCUGCCGCAAACAGCCCCAGCAGACACCUUCCAGCGGUCAGCAGCAAGGAGCAGCCACCAACAACAGCUUCCAGACAGUCAGCAGCGAAAAAGACAGUCGCAGGCGGCCUCCAGCGACAGCUUCCAGCAGUCAGCCGCCAAAAGAAAUCCCCUCAACAGACAGCUUCCAGCAGUCAGCCGACAAAAGACAGCCCCAACAGACAGCUCCCAUCAAUCAGCCGCCAAAAGACAGCCCUCAACAGGCUGCUUCCAGCAGUCAGCCGACAAAAGACAGCCCCAAUAGACAGCUUCCAGGAACAGUCUCCAGCAGUCAGCCGUCAAAAGACAGCCACCAACAGAUAGCCGCUAAGAGACAGCCGCCAAAAGACAGCGACCAACAGACAGCCGCCAGCAGACAGCCUCCAUCAGAGAGCCGCCAUCAAACCGCCGCCAUUAGACAGCCACCAGCAGAUAGCCUACAGCAGAUAACCCCCAACAGGCAAUCUGUAACAGACAGCUGCCAACAGACAGCCUCCAGCUGA